UAUAAAUAUAGUGUGUACAACAAUGUAUUCAUACCACAAAUAAACAUAACACACAGAAUUGUCAACAUGUUAGUGAAGGCAGCAUUCAGUGUAUUUAUUUUUGUAAUCUUUCUGGUAGCAGUAAAUGCAUUGUGUAGCCACCCAUGUUCUCGAAUCAAUAGAGGCACUUACGUUGAUGAACAAAAUACAUACACAUUUUCAUGUACAAAUACAUCAAUUUUAUCGGUAAAUGGAGGAGAAGAAUUAAGAGAAUGUUACACAAGACUUGGAGCUUUUCUUGUAGUCAGGAAUGGAAAUAGAUACAGAUGCGUUAAACACACCCUAUAUGACCGUACUGCUCGAAUAAUAUUUGUUUAUGUAACACCUUACAGAACGUUUUUAACAGAACCAUCAAUUUGUGAUGUUUGUUCAGGAACAUUUACAUCAGCUUUAUUUGUCGCUAGAGGACAAAAUUAUCAGAGAGCGAAAUUACUGACUCCUCCACCUUUAGGAUGUAACAGACCGCCACUCUGUCCUAUAACCGACUACGCAAAUGACAGACCAUGUACUGGAUGUGAACCACAGGAGGAUGAUGGAUUAGGAUGCUCAAGAUGUCGCAGUACACUGCUUCGUAAAUACAUGCCAGAAACGACAACACGUGUUCUUAAUGGAUAA